UGCCAUUAUGGUCACGUGAUAACAACACUGUCGUCAAUGUAAAAACCGUCACCUAGCAUUUAUUACUCGGGAGAUAAAAACUAUUCUCCACAUUGAUAGCUAGUUUACUGUAUUACACGAUGUAUUAGAUAUACCAUACAUUUGUAGAUGUUCUUACUUACGUUUUUUAUUUAUUAAAAAACAACAACAUUUGGUUGAAAAAGCCAGCCGUUUUAAUCAACAAGAGAGUUGAGCUAACGUUAACCUUCUUCUGUAAUUUACCAUGGAUCAAUAUAGUAUUUUGGGUAGAAUAGGAGAAGGAGCCCAUGGCAUUGUUUUCAAAGCAAAACAUAUCGAGACUGGAGAGACUGUGGCUCUGAAGAAAGUAGCUCUGAGAAAGUUGGAGGAUGGGAUCCCCAACCAAGCCCUCAGAGAGAUCAAGGCUUUACAGGAGAUUGAAGACAACCAAUAUGUGGUGAAGCUCAAGGACGUGUUUCCCCAUGGUACAGGGUUCGUCUUGGUGUUUGAGUACAUGCUCUCUGACCUCUCUGAGGUCAUCAGGAACUCUCAGAGGCCUCUCACCGAGUCACAUGUCAAAGGUUACAUGAUGAUGCUGCUGAAAGGGGUUGCCUUCUGCCACGAGAACUCCAUCAUGCACAGAGAUCUGAAACCAGCCAACCUGCUCAUCAGCUCUACAGGACAUCUGAAGAUAGCAGACUUUGGCCUGGCCAGACUUUUCAACAACGACGGAGAGCACCUCUACAGCCAUCAGGUGGCCACCAGGUGGUACCGAGCACCAGAACUGCUCUAUGGGGCAAGAAAAUACGACGAAGGUGUAGAUCUCUGGGCAGUGGGAUGUAUCUUUGGGGAACUUCUGAAUAACUCCCCUCUGUUCCCUGGAGAGAAUGACAUAGAACAGUUGUGCUGUGUUCUCCGAGUCCUGGGGACACCUAACCAGCGCAUGUGGCCGGAGAUCACAGAGCUGCCUGACUACAAUAAGAUCACUUUUAAGGAGAACCCUGCCAUCCCUCUUGAGGAGAUUGUACCUGAUACCUCACCUCAGGCUGUGGACCUGCUCAACAAGUUCCUGGUCUACCCCUCUAAACAGAGGAUCAGCGCCAGACAGUCUCUCUCUCUCAAUUCAAUUCAAUUCAAGGGCUUUAUUGGCAUGGGAAACGUGUUAACAUUGCCAAAGCAAGUAAGGCCCUGCUCCAUCCCUAUUUGUUCUCUGAGCCGCUGCCGGCCCACCACUCAGAGCUGCCUAUCCCCCAGCAUGGAGGAAAACAUUCCCGUCAGCGACUCCAGCCUCCUGUCGAAUUCUCUGUAGAUCUGCCCCUCUCAGAGAGCCUGGUGGACCCUGCUUUGGUCCAGGGACAUGCCUGGUGUCUAUGAUUGACUGGCCCCCAAUGAUUUUCAUAGCCAGGUUGAGAGUAGCACUUAGGCUGGUUUAAUCAGGUUUUUAUGUUUGACUGUCAGAGCCUAGUGGACCCUGCACGGGUACACGGUGUGUAUGACUGUUCUUCAUGUUCAUCCCAGGCUGCUUAAACCAGGGGCGUAUUCACUAAGAAAACCAACCGGAACCAACCGGGACCAACCGGGACCAAACGGAACCAAACGGGACCAAACGGAACCAAACGGAACCAAACGGGACCAAACGGGACCAAACGGGACCAAACGGAACCAAACGGAAUUUGUCCAAUAGAAAACACUUGUUCUCGUUGCAAAUCGUUUUCCAUUGCAAAACUGUUUUUGCAACGGUGUGUGACUAAUGAAUACAUCCCAGAAUGUAGCCUGGUGGAUCCUGCUCUGGUCUAAGGACACGCCUAUGACGCACUGUUCUUCCUCGUUUUGAGUCGUUUUGAUUCAUCCAUCCUAGCUCUGAUCUGUUUGUGCUGUCAUGCCAUCUCCAUUUGCUGUCAUUGUUAUGGAAGUUGGGAGUUGGCAAGACAGCACAAACAGAUCAGGAACUCAGGCUAUGUUAACUGCACCAUAGAAUAUUGGUAUUGGUAUGUAGAUAAUGCAUGGCUGUGAUGUAGAAAGCCAUGUCAUUUUCUUAAUUUGUGUGUUUGUUGUUCUGCAGGUUGCAGUUGUGUGUGUGUGUGUGUGUGUGUGUGUGUGUGUGUGUGUGUGUGUGUGUGUGUGUGUGUGUGUGUGUGUGUGUGUGUGUGUGAGACAGUAUGGACAGCCUUGCUGACUCAUGGUGCUCAUUGUCGUAGCGUUGACUAUCAUUAAAUAUGAAGACUAUACAUUAUCAAAUCAAUUCUCCGUGUGUCAUUUAAUUACUCGGUUAAACUAAUCAUGUAACUUUAAUUAACUAGGAAGUCGGGGCACCACGGGAAAAUGUUUAAAGAGUUUCUAUUUUCUGAAUGAACUCUUCAGAUAUUUUCACAU